ACUUCAGGGCCACCGUAGUGAUGACUUCAUUUACUAAUUCCAGAGUUAUGUUAAAACUGAGCGAAUGCCCACCCCAGACCAGCAGCCAGACCUUGAAAUUUAACAGCUGACUACAGCAGCGAUGAGCAGUUUGAAAUCUCUGUGCUGGUUUUCAUUUUUGCUUUGUGCCGUCAUACCUAAACAUUGAAAGAGAGAUCGUAUCUGUUGGUGUUGAUUUGUUUUGGUGUGUGGCGCUGUAGCCUAAAACUUGUGUUGUUAGUAGACAGUGUGUUUCAGGUUCUUUUACAGACUAAUGAAAAAGUAAUGUACUGUAUUGUAACAAAUUACUUUCUUCAGAAUUCAGUUAACUAACGUACCGCAUUACUUUUAAGGAAAGUAAAGAGUAAUGUGUAAUAUAGGGCUGCCACGAUUAGUCGACUAGUCACGAUUACGUCGACUAUCAAAAUCGUCGACGCCUAAUUUAAUAGUCGACGCAUCGUUUAAAUGCCGUAAAAUCCUGAAAGGUGCAGGAAUACAAGUAGGAUUUAAGAGUGUAAUAACGGACUGAAACAGAAGAUGGCAGCACUGCGUGUACAAGGAUAAACGCCAAGGACGAAGAAGAAGAAGCAGUCUCCGUUAUCAUGGCUACUCGGCAACGGAACUCGAAAGUCUGGGAGCAUUUUGACCAAACAAAAGAAAAGAAUGUCCAAUGCAAAAUCUGCAAAAUGGAACUUGCCUUCCAUGGCAGUACAACGGCGAUGCACGAGCAUCUAAAAAGGAAGCACGUUGUGGCAUCCAACGACGAAGUGGUACAGUCGCCUCGGACUGCUAAAAAAAUACGUUCGUCUUCAAUGGACGACUUUGUCACCAAGCCACCAACGUGUACACCUCGGCAAGCAGAUGUCCUGACUGAAUCAAUCUUAAACAUGUUGGUGACGGACAUGAGACCCCGGUCUAUGGUUGAUGAUCAAGGUUUCAAAGAGAUGAUCAAGCAGUUCAACCCAGAUUACCAUGAUAACUAUCUACCAGGCCGAUCCCACUUCACCAAAUUGAUGGAAAAGAAAUAUGAUGCUACCUUUGAGAAGGUAAAGCAGACUCUUGGUGGUGUCAAAGGUUUCUUCACCCUGACUGCUGAUGUCUGGACCAGUCGUGCAACAGAAGCCUACCUGGGUGUGUCUUGCCAUUUCCUGAGUGAAGAUUGGAAGAUGAAGAGCUUCAUCCUUGAUACCAUGCCUCUUGAGGAGAGGCAUACUGGUGCCAAUAUAGUGACAUGGAUGGAAGAGGUGCUAACAAAGUUUGAGAUCUUGCCUGCCAAAAUAAAAGCAGUAGUACAUGACAGUGGUUCCAAUAUGGUGGCAGCAAUGCGACUGCUUGAAGAAAAACAUGGAUGGGCCUCUAUCCGCUGUGCUGGACACACACUCCAGCUCAUAGUCAAUACUGCUCUCAAAGACACCACCAUAAGCAGAGCACUAGGUGCUGCUAGGCAGCUAGUGGAGCACUUUAAGAGAAGCGAGCUGGCUAGUACAAGACUAAAAAUGAAACAGGAGCAAAUGAAUGUGAAGAAAAAUACACUGAUCCAAGAUGUCAGUACAAGAUGGAAUAGUACAUUCCACAUGAUAGAGAGACUCCUCGAACAGCGCUGCCCUCUCACUGCCACCCUUUCAGAUCCCGAGGUAACGCCAAGGGGGAAACACUAUUUCGACUUGAAGCCAGACCAGUGGGCGCUACUUGAAGAACUGAAGCAAGGUUUGGCACCUUUUGAGACUGCUACUGUUUACCUUAGUGGACAGCAGUACACAACAGUUUCAGGUCUUCCACAGGUGGUCAAAGGGCUGACACGGGCUGUACACCAAAGCCAACUGGAGACAAGCUCAGGAAAAUCUUUCAUUGCCAGUGCAGAAAAAGGCAUAAAACAGAGAUGGGGGAGUAUAUGCACUUUCUCAGCAGACAAAGAAAACCCUGUUAUUCUCGCAGCUGCCUUGGACCCCAGAUACAGAAAGUUGAAGUUUUUGGCUCCUGAAGAUGUCAUCAGAGUGCAGGGGACUGUUGAAGUGCUUGCUGUCAAAGAAGCAAAUGCUGGGACACAUGAGCAUGCAAAAGUGCAGACAGACAAUGGUUCAGGUAGAACUGAAAAGACUGCUCUGGACAACCUCCUUGAGUCUGACACAGACAGUCAGGGUGACAAUGAGGAAGCAGCAUCUAAGGAGGACCAAGAUGUCCAAGUUGUGAGAAGUGAAGUUCAGCUGUACUUUAAAGAAGCCACAGUUUCUAAAAAGGAUGAUCCUCUUAAAUGGUGGAGCGAAAAUGAGGGACGUUUCCCCACACUAUCAAAGCUAGCUAAAUCUUUUCUGUGCAUUCCUGCAACCUCCACCCCAUCAGAGUGGAUCUUCUCCACAGCAGGGAACAUCUGCUCUCAAAAGAGAGCAAGCCUUUCUGCAGAACAUGUAGAAAAGCUAACUUUCCUGGCUAUGAACAAUAAUCUCGUGUAG